AUUGUAAGUAGUUUCGGUGAUAGUCAGACAUUGUGUGGAUGGGACAAUGGUAGUGCACAGGAAAAAGUAUUCAAAUUGUCUCAAUUAAAAAAAGAACCAUUUUUUUUUAUUCUAUGAUAUUGAAAUAAGGCCAGUGACUUGCUAGUGUUCAGUUUUCUAAAUCAGUGUUUUUGUGAUGUGUUUUUAAAAAUAAUUUUAAAACCAAAGUUAUCGGCCUGUGUUAUUUUCGAAUUUUAGAUUAAAUUAUAUUUAAUUUAAAUGGAAUAGUGAAGUGACUAUUUCGAAAAUGAUGGUGAAGCGUGUAGUGUUUUUAUUUGUAACAUGUUGUGUUUUGGAGUUGUCCAUGGCUGUGUUGAAAACAGGUGACGAUGGAGUGUGUACUGUGAAAUCCAGUGUCCGCAAAACACGCACCAGGGUUGUCACAUUCUACAAACGAUGUGGCAAAAAAAGAUGCAUAGCAAGAGCGACUAAACCUGAGACAUUCUGGGUGACAACAAACCAAACAGUAUGCUGCGAAGGUUGGGUGUACAGCGGUGAAGAGGAUACCUGUACCCCGCAAUGUACAGGCUGUCUUGGAGGCCGCUGUACCGCCCCAAACGUCUGCCAUUGCGACCCACCUUCCUACCUCGAUCCAGAACAGAAAAACUGUAUAACCCCCACAUGCAGUCCACCAUGCGUCAACGCAGAAUGUGGCCAGAACAACACCUGUCAUUGCAAAACCGACUUUAACCCCUUCAACGCAACGCACUGUUUCAAAUGCGAAGACGGCUACAACAUAACUUCAAAUUUCGAAUGCGUCCCAAUAUGCGCGAAGAAGUGCGUCAAUGGAAAUUGCACGGCGCCAAAUAAAUGUUCUUGCCUGCCAGGAUUUUCAAACAAAACUAAAGACGAGUCUACAUGCGAGCCCGUUUGCAGUAAAUGUAUUAAUUCCAAAUGUACCGGACCAGAUACAUGCUCGUGCUUAGACGGUUAUUCUAAAGUGAAUACAAGUUAUUGCGCGCCGAAAUGUGAGAAAUGUGACGGAGUGUGCAUCAAGCCUAACGUUUGCCAGUGUCGCGAAGGAUAUUCUAAAGUUAAAGGCGUGUGCACACCGACGUGCAACGAGACUUGUGUGAACAGCGUGUGUACUGGGCCUAAUUUGUGUUCGUGCUUUGACGGCUAUAUGAAGAGGGAUAACUCUUCGGUCUGCUACAAGUCUUGCAAUAAAUGCAACAGCACAUGUAGAGAUGGAGCGUGCAUCGAAAAGGACUGCUCUUUUACGCAAUCUGUACCAAAAACAAAAUGGAAGGGAGGCAAACGUGUUCAAUACGUGGAGAAGGUGAAAAGAAACGCGUGUUGCAGCGGAUGGUAUUACAACAGAAAGGAGAAAGCGUGCAAAGCGGUUUGCGACCAGGGCUGUAACGGGGGCACCUGUGUGGAACCCAACGUGUGUCGCUGUCCCUCCUCCCUAGUCCUCAAAAACAACAUGGAGUGCGUCCCCCCUACUUGCAAGGAUCCAUGCGUCAACGCUGUCUGCGUCAGUGACGAUGAGUGCAUGUGCAACCCUGACUACAUCCCCCUCAAUAACACACAUUGCGGCCCCCAAUGCCUCUCUGGAUUCCACAACGACCCUGUCACUUUAAACUGCACUUGUAACACUGGUUUUCGAAUCGACCCAACAAACUCAUCCAACUGCCUCCCCGUUUGCGACCCUGUCUGUGUCAACGCUACCUGCGUAUCCCCAAAUACGUGCACCUGCCUUUUCGGCUACGAACAGAUCAGCAACACAACAUGCAGUCCGAAAUGCGAAGAUUGCGACAACGGGACGUGCAUUGCGCCAAACUUGUGUCAAUGUCAUGACGGCUUCUCAAAAAAUAGCGUCGGAAAAUGCGUACCUUUCUGCAGUAAGCCGUGUAUGAAUGGCUAUUGUAUAGAACCUGAAACGUGUGGUUGCGAUAGCGGCUACCGACCUGAUAAUAAGGACAAAUACUCGUGCGCACCUAUAUGCAAAAACGAAUGCGUCAACGCUGUGUGCGUAGCUCCAAACAAAUGCUCUUGUCUUCCUGGCUAUAAAGGAUCAGAAGAAAGUAAUAUAUGUAGACCUGUUUGUGAUAGCUGCGUCCACGGUGAAUGUAUUAGACCAAACGUAUGCAAGUGCAAUGAAGGUUACAGUUUUGUAGACGGCACUUGCUCUCCUGUUUGCCGUAAUGUCUGUGUGAAUGGUAAAUGCGUAGCACCAGAUACUUGUAGAUGCAAUGAAGAUUAUUUUAGAAAUGACACGAAUCCUCAUGUCUGUUUCAAGCCGUGUUUGGGACUGUGUGAGUACGGGACUUGUGAUUUGGACGGACGGUGUCUGUGUGAGAGAGGAUAUAAAGCUGAAAAUGAAACGUGCGUGGAGUUGAAACCUGUCAACUGUGCCGCCUGCAACGGAACCUGUAACGAUGGGACGUGCUGGUGUCAGGACGAAAGACAGCCUUGCUUCACGGCUGAGACGGCGGAAGUGUCACCCACCACCACGCUGGCCGGCAUGGAGCUGUCAUUUGUGGUGGCGGGAGCAGUGAUCUUGCUGCUGGUGAUGAUGCUGAUGAUAGUGAUGCAGAGGAUCUAUAGCCGCAGGAAGAAGAUGGAGACCAAAGCGUCCACUGACUAUAACGCAUACGGCAGUGUGGUAUACACCGUUCCCAACACACUCACGAGAGAGUUCAUUGACCCCGACGAAGAAGAAAAAGACGCCGACACGAAAUCCGAUUACGAAAAUGCGAUAGAAGACAAACAAGUUCAGAAACAACUUUUGUCUUCACACGAUGAUAAUGCAGUAUAAGUUUUAUGUAAUUUUAUAACAAUAGAUGCAUUAAAUGUAAAAAUUUGUACGAGAUACCUUUUAAACUCCAGCCAAUUUACAAAUGGCUCAGUAGGUACAUAAAAAACAAAAUCUUUCAAAGAAAAAUGGUUACAAAAUUAUGUACAU